AUGCUACGCCUUUUUGAUCGAUGGGGAGUAUCUUCCAUGGUACAUGCCAAGGACAUCGCACUUGAGAGCAUCACUAUUCGCCGCUGGGAGGAUGGUGCCGUCCUAAGCACAAUGCCGGUUAACAAGGCUUACGGGCAGCAGACUGUGGUACAUCGUGCAGAUCUGCACAACGCGCUCAUCACCAAGGCUCUGGCGCUUGAGAAUGUUCGGCUGAAGGAUGGCACGGUGGUAACGGGCGAUGUGGUGGUGGCAGCCGACGGGAUCAAAUCGGUGCUCCGCGGAGAGAUGCUAGGGUCACUGGCAAUGCAGCCUAUUCCAACAGGAGAUGCAGCUUAUCGCAUCAUGCUAUCACGAGAAGUGAUGGAGCAAGACCCGGAGUUGAAAGCCUUGCUGGAUAGUCCCAGCGCUACCCGUUGGAUUGGACCCCAUCGUCAUGUUAUCGCGUAUCCCGUGCGCAACCAUGACCUGCUUAAUAUUGUCUUACUGCAUCCUGACGACCAUGAAGCGGAAGAGUCUUGGACUACGACGGCGUCCAAGCAGACUAUGUUGCGUCAAUAUCAUGGGUGGGACCCAAGGUUGCUGAAGCUCCUCGAUCUCGUCAAAGAGGAUGAGGUCCUAGAGUGGAAGCUGUGCAGUUACCCAAGCCUAAAUUUGUGGACGAAAGGCCAUAUCGCCCUCCUUGGGGAUGCCUGUCAUCCGAUGCUACCAUAUGUUGCGCAAGGUGCCGCUCAGGCUGUUGAGGAUGCGGCCGCCUUGGCUAUUCUCCUAUCUAUUAUACCCUCUCGGCAUGCCAUUCCUGAGGCUCUCCGUGCCUAUGAGAUGUCUCGUAAACCACGCGCAGAGGCGAUCCAGCAAUCGGGAAUGGCCAACCGUACUAUUUUGCAUCUUCCCGAUGGUCCCGAACAAGAGGCUCGCGAUAAACAGUUCCUUGCGAGCAGGAGCAGUGCAGCCAACCCGGAUAAAUGGGCUGAUGCGGAAACCCAGAAGCUGUUGUGGGGAUGGGAUGCGGAAGAACACGCUUUAGCAACAUGGUCAGAGAACAUGAGGCCACCACAUCUUGAAUCAUCUCUUUAA